UAGCCUAUAGGUGGGGUUAUUUUGCUUAUAAGCGAAAGGUUUUCUGCCGUAAAACAGAAUAAGAAGAGAAACGGACGCGUUUAUUUCUCCUUUCUGUCGAAGGGGUUUUCAGCAUCUCAACAAAAAUAAAAACAAAGCACUGAUCGACGAAGAAGAGACCUUAAAAUGGCUUCCCUAUUUGAAGAGGAUUUUUCUUGUCCUGUGUGUCGUGAAAUCUUCAAGGAUCCUGUUAUAUUAUCCUGCAGUCACAGUUUCUGUAGAGAGUGUCUUCAGCACUUCUGGAGGACUAAGGGCACUCAGCAGUGUGCUGUCUGCAGGAGAAUAUCAGUUCACGAGCCGCUGUGUAAUCUAGUGCUGAAAAACGUGUGCGAGUCGUUUUUAAAGGAUAGAGACGAGAGAUUAGAUAAAACCUGCAGUUUACACGGUAAGACGCUCGAACUCUUCUGUCUGGAGGACAAACAGCCGGUGUGUGUGAUGUGUGUUUCUUCAAAACAACACGACCAGCACACAUUCAGACCCUGCGGUGAAGCGCUUCAGUCAUAUAAGGAGCUCGAUUCAGCACUCAAGUCUUUACAUAUGAACCUUAAACACAAUAAAAAGCUCAAAGGAGAGUUUGAGAAAACAUUUCAUCACAUCACGGAUCAAGCCGAUCACACCGAGCAUCAGAUUAAACAGCAGUUCGAGAAGCUUCAUCAGUUUCUCAGAGAUGAAGAAGAAGCUACAAUCACUGCACUGAGGAAGGAAGAGAAGCAGAAGAAGCAGAUGAUGAAGGAGAAGCUGGAGCAGAUCAACACACACAUCUCAGCUCUUUCACACAUAAUCAAAGACACGGAGGAGAGGCUGAAAGCCAAUGACGUCUGCUUUCUGAAGGAGUUUCCAGGCUUAAUGGCAAGAAUCAAGAUCUCACAGCUGGAUUCACAGAUGCCUACUGGAGCUUUGAUUCAUGUGUCUCAGUACUUGGGGAACCUGCAGUACAGAGUCUGGAAGAAGAUGCAGGACAUCGUCCACUACUCUCCUGUGAUUCUGGAUCCGAACACUGCAAAUCCAAGUCUCAUCCCGUCUGACGAUCUGACCAGUGUGAGAGACAGCAGAAGCGAGCGAUGGCUUCCUGAUAAUCCAGAGAGGUUUGAUUAUUAUGAUUGUGUUCUGGGCUCAGAGAGUUUCAGCUCAGGAAAACACCGCUGGGAUGUGGAGCUGAAAAAGCCGUUUUGCUGGAGUCUCGGAGUUACGACGGCUUUAAAUCAGAGGAAGAGACCGGGUUUUUUUGAGUCUGGAUGCUGGAGUGUGGCGUUCAGAUGCAUGGAUUUGUGUGCUAACAAAUUUGUUGUCAGACACCAGCUGGAGUGUGUGAGAGUCGAGCUGGACUGUGAUGAAGGAACUGUGUGCUUUUCUGAUGCUGUAAACAACACACACAUAUACACAUUCACAACCACCUUCACUGACUCUGUCUUUCCUUUCAUAAGGUGUGAAGGGGGGUGUGUCUCAAUCAGGUCCUUGGCUCCUGAGGUUGUGGUUUGGUAGUUUGUGCACUCUUGGUUUACUACACAUGAGCGUGACAUUUAAGGGGAGCUAUUGUGCAGAAAUCAC